UUCACCACCGACUUGCGUGCGACAACAAACGCCCCCCCGGUGGCAGAUUUCUCCAAGAACUUAUUAAAGAGCCAACAAGCCUCUUUCGUCUCACUCAUUUCGAAACUCCUUAACGCCGAAAGCUUCCCAUCGCCAAACAUGGUUAUCGUAAAUGCUCAGGACCCCACGCCGCAGGCUGCGGCCGCGCAGAGAAAUGUGUUGCCGGAUUAUGUCACCACACCCAACGCCGUCUUUAGCGAUGAGGGUGUUCAAUGGAGAUACGGCAGGGCGCCAGAUUACACGAGAACACGCAAAGUCUGGAGAGAAGGGAGGAAGAUGAACCACAAGGCGGGCAGUCUCGAAGAGAUUGUAGAGAACCUGGUGAAGAACUGGGAGGUCGAGGCCUCUUUCAAGACGAAGCUCGACGACUGGAGGACCGUCGACCACGCCAACUACACCUUCUCCGUCAACGGCGGCGCACCGCAGACGGGCGAGCACAUGCUCAAGGUCGGCACCUAUAACGCCGUCAUCACGCCCAACGAGUACUACAGCCCAGACUACUCAGACUUUGCGUCCAGCCACAAGACGUUCAAGCGCAUGAUGCCCACUUUUGCCUGGGAGGUCAUUGAGGUCUAUAGUGGCCCGCCGUGCAUCGCAUUCAAGUGGCGUCACUGGGGGGUCAUGAAGAAUGACUACGUCGGCUUCAACGACAAAGGAGACAAGGUCACCGCCAAGGCUCAUGGUGGACAGAUCGACAUUGAAGGUGUGACGAUCGCGCGUGUGGACGACCAGCUGCGUCUGCAGGGCGUAGACACAUGGUUCGACUCGCUGCAGAUGUUCCGGCAGAUUGCCCCGGAUGGCGUGGUGAAGAAGGAGGCCAAGACUGAUAACCGCGGCCCGGAAGCGAGGUUCGACGAGGCGGUGGCACAGGAUGUCCAGCUGUCGGCGGAGGAUAUAAGCAAAUUGCACACUGAUGUAGUUGAGGGCAAGAGGUCAGGAGGCUGUCCGGUGAUGAUGAAUAGAGAGUAAGGUAAA